AUGGAGAGGAAUCAGUGGCAGCUGCUGCAGGAUUUGGAGGAGGAAAGGAAGAAACAGAAAAAAAAGAAGCAGGAGGCCAAGGGGGGGAAUCAGGGGGAGAAGAAGCAGGAUGAGGAAAGGAAGAAGCGGGAGAUGAAGAAGGAGGAAAGGAAGAAGAAGGAGAAGCGGGAGAAGAAGAAACAGGAAAAGGAGAAGCGGGAGAAGAAGAAGCAGGAAAACGUUGAUAAGACCUCAGUCUAG